GCCGCGCCGCGGAGGAUGCUCGGGCCGUGAGCCCGCAGCCGGCAGCCCCGGCGCGGCGCAGCCAUGGGCAAGGACCAGGAGCUGGUGCAGGCGGUGAAGGCGGAGGACAUCGCGGCCGUGCAGAAGCUGCUGCAGAGGCCCAAGCCCGGCAAAGCCAAGCUCCUCGGAUCAGCAAAGAGAGUCAAUGUCAACUUCCAAGACACGGACGGGUUCUCGGCUCUGCACCAUGCAGCACUUAACGGCAACACAGAGCUCAUCUCGCUGCUGCUGGAGGCACAGGCUGCCGUGGACAUCAAGGAUAACAAAGGCAUGAGGCCCCUGCACUACGCAGCCUGGCAGGGCAAGAAGGAGCCCAUGAAAAUGGUGCUGAAGGCAGGUUCCUCUGUGAACAUCCCGUCGGACGAGGGCCAGAUCCCCCUGCACCUGGCAGCACAGCACGGGCACUACGACGUGUCGGAGAUGCUCCUGCAGCACCAGUCCAACCCCUGCAUCAUGGACAACUCGGGGAAGACGCCCCUGGACCUGGCAUGCGAGUUUGGCCGGGUCGGGGUGGUCCAACUGCUCCUGAACAGCAACAUGUGCGCGGCGCUGCUGGAGCCCAAACCGGGGGACACCACCGACCCCAACGGCACCAGCCCCCUGCACCUCGCCGCCAAGAACGGCCACAUCGACAUCAUCCGGCUCCUGCUGCAGGCUGGCAUCGACAUCAACCGGCAGACCAAGGCGGGCACGGCGCUGCACGAGGCCGCGCUCUGCGGCAAAACGGACGUGGUGCGGCUGCUGCUGGAUAGCGGGAUCAACGCCCACGUCAGGAACACCUACAACCAGACGGCUCUGGACAUCGUCAACCAGUUCACCACCAGCCAGGCCAGCAAGGAGAUCAAGCAGAUGCUGCGGGACGCCUCUGCAGCCCUGCAGGUCCGGGCCGUCAAGGACUACUGCAACAACUACGACCUGACCAGCCUCAACGUGAAAGCCGGGGACGUCAUCACCGUGCUGGAGCAGCACGCGGACGGGCGAUGGAAGGGCUGCAUCCACGACAACCGCACCGGCAACGACCGCGUGGGAUACUUCCCCUCCAGCCUCGUCGAGGCCAUAAGCAAACGAACAGGUUCAUGGGAGACUGUAACAAUCCCCCAACACUUCCAAAAGAUCCCGCUCCCGGCUUACGGGGCUGCUGUGCUAAACGGUGACGCCUCGUCCCAUCCGUUCCAUUCCCUGCCUCCACCUCCACCUCCACCACCACAUUCCCAUCCGACUCUUUUCAGUUCCUUUGGCUAUCACAGGCUCUCCCCUAGCAGUGCCGACGAGCCGCGUUACGGACAAGGGUCCCGCGGGGCCGACAUGAGCCCGUCCCACCUGUCCCCGUCGCAGGGCGGAUCGGCCACGGCAGCCCCCGCCGAGGAGAUCUGGGUGCUGCGGAAACCCUUCGCAGGUGGUGACCGCAGCAGCCUGGGCAGCACGGGCAGCGUGGCCUCGGCGCGCAGCUCGGGGAGCGGGCAGAGCGCGGGCAGCGGGGCGCACGCCCUGCACGCCGGCUCCGAGGGCGUCAAGCUGCUGGCAACGGUCCUUUCCCAGAAGGCUUCUGCGCAAGAGUCUGCCGUGGGCGAUGGGCCGGCCAAGGCGCAGGACAUCCCCGCAGGUUCGUCGCGGUCGCAGAGCGUGGCCAGCUCCCCCUACGCCCCCCAGCCCCCCGCCGAGCCCCAGCUGAAGAAAAUGGAGCCUCCGUCAGAGGGGAAGAGCUCCGAGGCCGUGUACCAGUGGCUCUGCAAGUUCCAGCUGCAGCUCUACGCUCCCAACUUCAUCAACGCCGGCUACGACAUCACCACCAUCAGCCGGAUGACGCCGGAGGACCUCACGGCCAUCGGGGUCACCAAGCCGGGGCACAGGAAGAAGAUCGCCUCCGAGAUCAACAACCUCAGCAUCCCCGAGUGGCUGCCCGAGUACAAACCGGCCAACCUGGCGCUGUGGCUCUCCAUGAUCGGCCUGUCCCAGUACUACAAGGUGCUGGUGGAGAACGGCUACGAGAACAUCGACUUCAUCACCGACAUCACCUGGGAGGACCUGCAGGAGAUCGGCAUCACCAAGCUGGGCCACCAGAAGAAGCUGAUGCUGGCGGUGAAGAAGCUGGCGGAGCUGCAGCGCGCCGAGCUGGGCAAGUACGAGCCGGGCACGCUGAAGAGGAAGGCGUCGGGGCCGAGCCCAGAGGUGCUGGCCAUCGAGUCCCCGCCGCCGGAGCCGCCCGAGUGCCAGUCGCCCAAGAUGACCACGUUCCAGGACAGCGAGCUCAGCAGCGAGCUGCAGGUGGCCAUAACGGGCGAAGGCCCCGAGGAGCCCCGCGAGAAGGCGGCGAACCCCGCGGCCCCCGGUUACCGCUCGCCGCCGGGGCUGGGCGGCCGCGCCCGGGGGAUGAGCAGCUCGCAGGAGCUGCUGGGGGACGGCCCGCGGGGCCCGCCCGCCGCCGCCAUCUCCAAGAGCCAGGAGUACCUGGCGGAGGGGGCCGGGGAGAGCCCCCCUGCGCCGCCCAAGGAGAGCCGCCCGCCCCGGCACGGCCACCCCGUGAAGCGCGCCAGCGUGCCCCCGGUGCCCGGCAAGCCCCGGCAGCCCUUCCCCGCCUCCGCCGGGCAGCUGACGCCGCCGCACACCCCCGGCAAGGCACGGCCCUCGUCCCCGCAAGGCCCGGCGGCCCCUCACGCCACCGCCAAGGUGAAGCACCCGCAGCUGCUGCCGCCCGGCGAGCGCCCGGCAUCGCCCCGCUCCCUGCCCCAGUCGCCCACGCACCGCGGCUUCGCCUACGUCCUGCCGCAGCCCGCCGAGGGCGAGGCGGCGCCGCCGGGGGUGCCCGUGCUGCCCGUCUCGGUGCCCGUGCUGUGCCUGCCGCCCGCGGGCGAGGGCGAGGAGGAGCCGGGCAGGCCGAAGAAGCGGGCGCACAGCCUGAACCGCUACGCCGCCUCCGACAGCGAGCAGGAGCGGGACGAGCUGCUGGUGCCGGACGCGGGGCCCUACGCCACCGUGCAGCGCCGCGUGGGCCGCAGCCACUCGGUGCGGGCACCGCCGGGCGGCGACAAGAACGUCAACCGCAGCCAGUCCUUCGCCGUGCGGCCCAAGAAGAAGGGACCCCCGCCACCCCCUCCCAAGCGCUCCAGCUCUGCCAUCUCCAGCGCCGGCAUGGCCGAGGACUUCCCCAAGGAGGGUGAGGGCGAGGCGGCCGUCGGAGCCCCGAGCGCCGAGGGCGAGGGCCGCCGGGAGCAGCGGCGAGCGAGCGACCUGGGCGGCAGCGUGACACGGGCAGCGCCGGCAGCGUCGCGCAGCAUCGCGGCCAUGCUGGAGAUGUCGUCCAUCGGCGGCGGGGCCCGCGCCCUGGCGCUGCAGAAGCCGCACGUGGCAGCCGGGCCGGCGGUGCCGGCCAAGGCGCCCGAGGGCUACUACCUACAGCCCGGCGCCGCCGGCAGCCCCGACCGCGCCCGCGUGGCCACCGUGCUGGCCACCGUCAAGCAUAAGGAGGCCAUCGGGCUGGACGAGGUGGUGAACCGGCGCCGGACCAUCAGCGGCCCCGUCACCGGGCUGGUGGCAGCCGCCCGCCGCGAGCGCGACAGCGUGCGGUCGGAGGCGGCCGCCGACGGCCCCGGCGAACGGCUGCGGGUGGAACGCGGCGGCUCCCCGGACGGCAUCCCGUUCGCCGAGGACGGCACCCUCACCAUCAAGCAGCGGCCGCGGCCCCUGGGGCCAGCCCGCGGGGAGACGGGCGAGGUGUCCCCGGCCCACCGCCACGGGGACCUGGCCAAGGUGGAGGCCAGCGCCACGCUCAAGCGGCGGAUCCGGGCCAGGCAGAGCCAGCAGGACGGCGUCCGCUUCGUCCUCACCGAGUCCGACACCGUCAAGCGCCGGCCCAAAGCCAAGGACAAGGAGCCGGCGCUGGAGCCGGCCACGCUCGCCGUGUACCAGAACGGCACCGGCACCGUGAAGCGGCGGCCGGCCUCGGAGCUGAGCGGAGCCGAGCCGCCGCCCACCCCGCCGCCCGCCGCCCGCCCCGACGGCCCCGAGUUCGUCCCGCCGCCCGCCGAGCCCAAGAAGCCCUUCAAGCCGCCGGUGUCCCCCAAGCCCGUGCUGACGCAGCCGCCUCAGAAGAUGCCCGGGCCGCCGGUGCCCGUCCCCAAAAAGGUGCCCAUCCCGAGCCCCGGCAGCCCAGAGGUGAAGCGGGUCCAUGGCACGCCGCCCCCGGUGUCCCCCAAGCCCACGCCGCCCCCCACGGCGCCCAAGCCCCCCAAGCCCCACGCCGCCAUCCAGUCGGUGAGCGCCAGCUCCACACCGGCCCCGUCGCCAGCCCGGCAGCUGAGCCCCGCGGCCAAGCCCUCCAGCACCCCGCCCUCGCUCUGCUCCAGCCCCGCCAAGCCCCUGUCGCCCGGCGCGCAGCCCCAGCAGGUGCCGGUGAAGCCGCCCCGCUCCACCAUCGCCAGCCCGUCCGUGGACAGCGGCGGCUCCGAGCUGGCGCAGCAGAAGCUGGAGGAGACGAGCGCGUCCUUGGCCGCCGCGCUGCAGGCCGUGGAGGAGAAGAUCAAGCAGGAGGACAGCCAGGCGGCAGACUCGGCCGUGGAGUCGAAGAGCACCGUGAGCAUCCUGGACGACAUCGGCAGCAUGUUCGACGACCUGGCGGACCAGCUGGAUGCCAUGCUGGAGUGAGGGGCGCCAGGGCCCCGAGAACCUCAGGGCUUACGUGGGCACAAGGGCACAACGAUCCACGACCCCCCGGCCCCGCCGCCCUCUCCCCGUCCCCUUUGUACAGCCGUCCCCUCCUGGACAUCCCGUCCCUCGGGGUUUGCA